AUGUCUAAUAAGUCAGCUUUUCUGGCUCUGAACACUACCACGUGCCAUGUCUCAGGAGAGCAAGUUUCCAAACAGUUUAAAAAGCAGGAAACACCAGAGGGCGCUCUUCAGUUGACUGGUUAUAUAAAGAGACAACCUGUGACUAGACUGAAACAAUGCGCCGGUCAAUGCACACACGACGAUACCUGUUUUGAUUUUUACUACAUCUCGGAAGACAACGUUUGCCUGUUACAUGAUGUCAAAGAACAAAACGUCUAUAGUAUUCAAGCGUCACAAGCAGUGCACUACGAACACAUUGGCGUAUCAUUCGAGUGCCCGGUAAACAAUGGAGGAUGGGCAAGGGCAAGACUUCAAGACGGAGCCGUAUACUUAUUCAGGUUGUUCAACGCUGGUGUUUCCCAUACACAAGCCGUUGAGUACUGUCAGUCGAUUGGCUCGCAUCCGUUGAGAAUACUCACAGCCGAAAAGAUGGACUUUGUGCAAAAUAACUUGACACAAUGUUUAGGAGUUAGUGGAAAUAACUUCUGGGUGGAUGGAACUAACGCUGGGGCUACAGAUUACUCCGCGUCAGACGCAUACAGAACGACGGAUAAUCAAAUAGUUCCAAUUAAUACAGACGUUUUAUGGGGGAGUAGAAAUGGGCCGAAUGACAAUGCAAAUGAACCACGCUGUAUUUGGAUACCAAGUGGAUUUUCCUACUAUUUCGAUGACGUUCCUUGUACAUACUGGGGGGUUAAAUAUAUCUGUGAAAAACAACUGGUCUAAUAAGGAUUUAAUUCUGUUAUUUUCGUUGUCCAUGACUUCAGGUAAAUUUAACAAAAUCAUGUCUGUUCAUUAGCAAAUAGAAUGCAAUGUACCUUGUGGUCUGACACGUUACUUUGCUAGUGUUAAAUACAUUCAGAAUACAAAGAAAACGUUUUUAUCCAGUACGGUUUUAGUUUUCUCGUUUUGGCUACCGACUCUCAAUUUAUGGGGAAUACUAUGGCUAUAUUAUAUAGAAAAUGGUCUAACUGAGGAUGAGGGUUGUCAUAAAACCGCCCACACAAUAAUGCUACCGGUACCGAAUACCAGCGUUAGACUUUUCUAUUGUAUUGUCGCUAUUCUUGCAUAAAAACAUAACAUGACUACUAAAUGUAUCGUUUUCAUAUAUAAUGACUUUACGUAGUCGGUACAUUUUAAAUUCCCAUUCUGUUGUUCUUGGAAACGGAAAACA